AUGGCGACAGCAUCCUAUCAAAGUCCCUCUACACACCAUGGUCGUUCUCGUGGUGCGUCCACAAUACGAGAAGAUCGAAAGGUGUUGUUUCAAGAUUCAGCAAGCGGCAACAAUCGACGAAAGAAGACGGGUUCUUCUUCGACUGCUUCCGAAGCCCAGAGCAUCCAACAAUCCCUGCAACGCACUCAAAAUCUGCUCAAGAACGAAUUGGAUCGAGUGUCACAGGUUGUCGACGUAAUUGAUCAGGAUGGAAAGCUGUUAGAAGAGACCAAGGACGAAUAUCAAUCCAUGGAUGUGAGUGGUGCCGCCAAUGCACUGAACAGCCUCAAACAGGCGCAGCAACAAGAGCAGCGGGUCUUGAUGGCAUCGGUCCUCUUUUUCUUUAGCGUCGUAUUUUACAUCAUGUGGGAACGAGUCUUGAUCAAGUUGCCAUUUGUGGAACGGAUUGUCAAGAUGGUUUUGAGCAGCUUGCAUCAAUUUUUGGGUGAAUUAAUGAGUCAAAUUCAACCAAUGAUGGCUUUGGCCCGGGAGAAAGUGGGAGAGCUAAUCGGAUAG